GUGGCGGUCCAUGCUCUGGUGGAAGUCAGAAUACAACUUUGGGGAGGCUGUUCUCUCCUUCCACCGUGUGGGUUCCAGGGUUCAAUGUGGUAACAGGUGCCUUAACCUGCUGAUCCUUCUCACCGGCCCCAGCCUUCGUGCUUCAGCAGACAGAGCCUUCCGCUCCUAAAUCUUUGGAAACCUGGGCUUGAAGGAGAAUACCGCAAGAAGCAGAGCCCAGCCCAGAGCAGUCAGACCGACCAACCAAGGAUUACAACUGUCGAAACUCACCUCGGAAGUUCUCUGCUGCACCCUGAAACAGGAGCCCCAUAAUGAAGGCCCAGGGUGUCCUCUGGAUCCUACUUGGAUUGCUGCAGUGGCCAAAGCCAGGGACAGCCUCCUCCUUGCCCCUGGUCAUGGACUCUGUCAUCCAGGUGCUUACUGAGCUUGAGCAAAAGGUGCUGGUGACCGAGGCCAGAGGCACAGCCUCCGGAUGGAUUCUGUCAGCCAAGAACUCCAGCCCCCACAAUUCCCUUCACCAGCACUUGCUGCUGAAGGCACCAAGCCACAACACUACGGAGCCAGAUCUCCACUCGCUGAGCCCGGAGCUUCAAGCCCUGCUUUCUGAGGUGGCCCGACAUGACGUACAGGAUGGGCAGGAAUACGGAGUGGUGCUGGCACCUGAUGGCUCCACUGUAGCUGUGAAGCCUCUACUGGCUGGGCUCGAGGCUGGCCUGCAAGGGUACGGUGUUGCCAGCUUGCCUUCAGCUUGCCUGUCCAUCCCCUGUGAGACGGGAGACACUGGGGCCAUCUGGCCAGGAUUCAUGAAUGCCUCCACAAAUGCCUCCUCUCCAGAUACUGAAGCUGCUUUACCAAGUGGCAACGCCAAGACCCCCACCACUGUCCCCAGACUCCUGGCAGUCACUCUGGCUGGAGACUUGGGUCUGACCUUCCUCCACAGUUCCCAGACUCGGAGUCCUCCCGGCCUGGGUACUGAGGGUUGCUGGGAUCAGCUUUCUGCCCCUAGGGUCUUCACACUGUUGGAGCCGAAGGCAUCCAGGCUCACCAUGGCUUUCCUCAAUGGUGCCUUGGAUGGAGUUCUCCUUGGGGACCACUUGAACCGGGUUCCUAGGCCCCGGCCACCCCUCAGCCACCUGCUGAGAGAGUACUAUGGAGCUGGGGUGGGUGGAGAUCCAGUGUUCCGGAGCAACUUCCGAAGGCAAAAUGGGGUUGCUUUGAUAUCGGCCCCUACCCUCGCCCAGCGGGUAUGGGAGGCCCUUGUUCUGCUGCGGAAGCUGGAGCCAGGACAUUUGCAAUUGCAGAACAUGAGCCAAAAACAGCUGGCUCGGGUAGCCGCCUUCGCGACCCAGGAGUUUACGGAGGCAUUCUUGGGCUGCCCAGCCAUUCACCCCCGCUGCCGCUGGGGAGCGGCACCCUACCGAGGCAGGCCAAGGCCUCUCCAGCUGCCCCUCGGAUUCUUGUUCGUACAUCACACCUACGUGCCAGCGCCGCCCUGCAGCACGUUUGCUCGCUGCGCCGCCAACAUGCGCUCCAUGCAGCGUUUCCACCAGGAUGUGCGCUACUGGGAUGACAUCGGCUACAGUUUCGUGGUAGGUUCCGACGGCUACGUGUAUGAGGGUCGCGGCUGGCACUGGGUGGGCGCGCACACGCGCGGCCACAACUCCCGCGGCUUCGGCGUGGCCUUCGUGGGGAACUACACGGAGUCGCUGCCCAGCGAAGCGGCGCUGAACACGGUGCGAGAGGCGCUCCCGAGCUGCGCGACGCGCGCGGGCCUCUUGAGGCCGGACUACCAGCUGCUCGGCCACCGCCAACUAGUGGCCACCGACUGUCCCGGGAACGCGCUCUUCGACCUGCUGCGCACUUGGCCUCAUUUCUCAGCGGAUAAAAACUAAGAACUGCUUUGAGGGACCCUUGGAGAUCCAGGAGGCACAAUCCCUGAUAAUCCUUUGAGCAGCCGCAGACCUCCAAUGAAGAAACCUUGGAAAGGAAAUCUCUAUGAACAUCGUCUUUGGCUUUGCUCAAAAGCCAGCUCAGAGACCAAAAAGCAAGCAAAGUGGGUGUGGCUCAGUGGUAGAGCGCCUAGUUAACAAGCAAAAAGCUUUUUGUUUUAUUUUGUUUGUCUCUGACUUUUGAGACAAAGGGUCUCUCUGUGUAGCCUUGUCUGUCCUGGAACUCUGAUCUGGAGACCAGAUGGGCCUAGAAUGCACAGAAUCCACCUGCUUCUGUCUUCUGAGUGCUGGGAUUACAAGCAGAUGCCACCACUGGCCAGCCAAGGCUCUUGAUCCCUACUCUAGCACUACAAAAUAAAUAAAGCUAGGUAUGGGGGCUCAGACUUAUAGCAUUUGGGAGAUAGAGGAAGGAGGAUUUCUUUGAAGUUGAGGGUAUUAGGACUGCCACUGCAUGAUAAUGAGUGCUGGAGUCAGAAAGACAAAAGCGGUUUUAUGACCUUACAAGUUCAAAUGCCAACAAAAAUGGCAAAUGUGCCCCAUUAGGAGAAAAAUGAUUAUUUUUUAAUGGCCCUAAUCAAAAGUCCUUUGCUGCCUGUUGCCUAAAUUUCAUUAUCCAUAUCUUUCCCCCUUUUUUCAAUGUAUUCUCUUAGUCAUGAUGUAGCAAACUGCCCGUACCCUCCCAUCUUGAGACAGAUAACAAACUGAACCAGGCAUGGGUGCCACAUGCCUGUAAUUCCAGCACCCAGGAGGCAGAGACAGACAGAUCACUGUGAGUUUGAGGCCAGCCUGGUCUACAAAGCAUGUCCAGGACAGCCAAGGCUACACAGAGAAACCCUGUCUCAAAAAACGAAAGAAAGAAAGAAAGAAAGAAAGAAAGAAAGAAAGAAAGAAAGAAAGAAAGAAA